AAACGUCAAGCGAACAAGAUAAACUCUCGAAUUCAGACGCCUUCGGCGCUGCCGACUGUUUCCGCCGUUCCGGUUUGUUGGUCUUUGUCUUCGGGCAGCAAUUCCGCGGAAGAAUCAUUGGAUUGAGGAGUGACCUUUAAAGCCUUAUGCCCACCAGAUGAAUUAACCACUUAAAAUGUGUACGCCUUAGAGUCUUAGACAGGUCCCAAGUCAUCCAGCCUGGCAACGAGGGAGCCGAGCUUCACACCACAUAAUGGCCGUCCUCUUUGCUCAGUCCACUCUCUUCAGCCGCGCUUCCUUCUCUGUUCUGCGUAGCAAUGGCUUCACUCGAUUCUCCUUCUCUUCCUUUUCUUCCUCUGCGGCUGUUUAUUCUCCACCUCUCCCUAAGACAAAGAAGCAUUGUCAGCCUAUUGUAUCUGCUCUUGAGCUUGGCGGCAUCAAACUCUCUAGAGAUGAUGUGGUGAGAGAUGAUCCAACGAACAAUGUACCUGACACAAUUUUCUCUAAGCUUGGAAUGCAGCUCCACAGAAGGGAUAAGCAUCCGAUUGGGAUAUUGAAAAAUGCUAUAUAUGAGUACUUUGAUUCCAAUCACGCGACCAAGUUUGAAAAGUUUGAGGAUCUUUGCCCAAUUGUUUCCACAAAGCAAAACUUUGAUGAUGUGCUAGUUCCGGCUGAUCAUGUGAGCAGAAGCUACAAUGAUACGUACUAUGUUGACCAACAAACUGUCUUAAGAUGUCACACGAGUGCUCACCAAGCAGAGCUGUUGAGGAAGGGGCACACUCAUUUCCUUGUAACUGGGGAUGUUUAUCGUAGAGAUUCUAUUGAUUCCACUCACUAUCCCGUGUUCCAUCAGAUGGAAGGUUUUCGUGUUUUUUCUCCUGAGGAUUGGAAUGCAUCUGGCUUGGAUUCCACAGCUUAUGCUGCUGAGGAUUUAAAGAAAUGUCUUGAGGGAUUGGCACGUCACUUGUUUGGUGCUGUAGAAAUGCGAUGGGUUGACACAUAUUUCCCAUUUACCAAUCCAUCUUUCGAGCUUGAGAUAUAUUUCAAGGAAGAGUGGCUCGAAGUUUUGGGCUGUGGUGUGACCGAGCAAGAAAUUUUGAAAAGAAACGGGAAACUUAACAAUGUAGCUUGGGCCUUUGGACUUGGAUUGGAGCGUCUCGCUAUGGUUCUCUUUGACAUCCCUGAUAUAAGACUCUUCUGGUCAAGUGAUGAACGGUUUACCUCCCAGUUUGCAAAAGGAGAGCUCGGUGUCAAAUUCAAGCCAUUCUCAAAGUAUCCUCCUUGUUACAAAGACAUGAGCUUCUGGAUCAAUGAAUCAUUCACCGAGAACAACUUAUGUGAAGUUGUCAGAGGCAUCGCUGGAGAUCUUGUUGAAGAGGUGAAGUUAAUAGACAAUUUUACCAACAAGAAAGGGAUGACGAGCCAUUGUUACAGAAUUGCGUACCGUUCCAUGGAACGUUCUCUUACAGAUGAGGAGAUCAAUGACCUGCAGUGGAGUGUGAGAGAAAAAGUGCAAAGCAAACUCAAUGUUGUUCUGAGGUGAGAAUGCCCCUGAAGAAGUUGUUGCAGGUGAUGAACUUCCAUAUUGGAAAAGAAAAACUCUGUAAAUUGAUUGAACUUUUUCUUUCACUGUUUUGUUGAGAUUAUAACGCUGCUCGAAUGACGACUCUCGAUAAUAUUAAAAUGGACUUAAUAAUAAUGCUGCUAUUCUUCAUCA